AUGUCAGCGACAGUCGCAAGGUCAAGUCGCGAAGGGUCUUUUGAAAAUGAACAUUCUAUGUUAGGCGAACGGGAAAAUACAAUGGAACUGAUAGAAAAAUCUGAGAAAAUCAACAGUUUAGUAAAAGAACAGGUACAGUAGGAGACAAGAAUGCCUUUUACUUUUAAUUGUGAUUUUAAUUGUGUGACAAAUUGUCGAGUUGAAAAUUUACCUGUGAGAUUCGAUCUUACGACAUGAAAGCCCGUGCAUUUUGCCCGAUCCCUGCUACUAACUCUUGACGAAGGAUCUUAUGACAUGAAAGCCUGUGCAUUUUGCCCGAUCCCUGGUACUAACUCUUGACGAAGGAUCUUAUGACAUGGUCUGCUGGAGCAGUUUGAAAAUGGCGCAGAAAAGUCAUUGCGUUCAGGGGCGUAGCUAGAGGGUGUGUGGGGUGUGGAGGGGUGCAAUACCCCCCCCCCCCUUCAUCGCGGCUCGGCAAAUGUCUGCUUGACUCGGCAAAUUGUUUUCGGAUUUAUCGGCAAAUUGUUUCGUAGUGAGCGAAAAUAUUUGAGUGUGAAUGGCUUGGAAUAAAAAGUAAUAGCCAUAGCAAACAUUUUGCUAAAUUUACGAAAAUUACGGAAAAAGUUAACAAAUUACGAAACAUUAAUGGAAAGUUUGUGAAAAAUGGUACUGUAUGUCCGGAUUUGGGAAGAAAAAGAUAAUUAGCGCCUGAAAUCUUGUGGGCAAUUGCGAUACUACAGCCCCUAUGGCUAUGCUUUAGCCUCUUCGCUACGGCCCUGCGUUCACACUGCGCUUGUUUGAAAACGUCAUUUUCGCCGUAACAAUUUGAGAAUGGAUGCUAAACGGAGCAAGAUGAAACUGGAGUGUUUGGCGGCUUCGUGUGAACACAAACGGCGUUCCUUUUUCGUACCGCUUGCAAACCAAGCAUCUCAAGUCUCAAAACAGUAAAUUCGAAUGCUUUUCGUUUAAAUUCAGUUUCUUUGCUCUAUUUGAAAUAUUUCGGGUUACAUGAUUGCCAAUUGAUUUGUAAACAAACUGUUGUGUGAACACAUGCAAAUUCUGCCGGGCAUAAAUAAUGAACGGUUCCUAAACCAAACAUAAGUGGUGAAAAACUUCACAUUUAUGGAAUACUAUACUAAAUAUAGGUUGAUAUGAUUAAAGAAAGUCAAGAAAACGUUCAGAGUCUUGUUGAAAAUAUCAAUCGCGCUGAAGAAGAGGUAACAAAAAAUAACCUGAACAAUUUUAAACCCCGUGUAAAACUAGGAUGAUAGUUAACGAUAUCUGGUACGAGGGGUCUAGCACGAGAGUUUUCUCAACUCUUGUUUCCUGGGCAAACGAGAACAAGAGUUUCAUAAGAGUUGAUUGGCUAUCACACGGCGCCUAUAGACAAAACUCUCAUCAACUCUCAUAAAAAUUUUGACCUGCACGAAUUCGACGAGAGCUGACGAGAGUCGAUCGGAGAGGCUGUCAAACGCGAGCGAGAGUUGAAACUCUAACAGGGGGCAAUAAUUCAAGAUUUUUAUUCGUACCCUACUGGUACGCCAAUGGUUGUUGGCGCGUACUUGUGCUAGUGCGAACUCAGCACUCAAUGUGUACUUAGUCAUUAAAAUAAGGUUCAUAAAGUACAGGUUUCUGAAAAGUAUGUUCAGACUACGAGGUAGAAAAGAAGCACAAUUGCAUAUACAAACAAUCGACUCCAACGUUUCUUAGUGCCAUCAGUCCAAUCAUGUUUCAUGCCAAGACAUCUCAGACACAUGACAUACUGUACCAACUAAAUUACGGUAUUGAAUACCUUGGGCUUGUAAAGGUCAUGUGGUUCCAGCAAAUUAAGUAUUAGUACGCAGAUAGCAAGAGUUCCGCGUAUCUACGUGGUACAUGGCUGAAAACAAAUCGCACCCUGCUCUAAUGCAUCAACUCUCGUCACCCCCUUUCCUCGAGAUAACUGCCGGUCAACAGACAUUUUCCUGUAGCUCAACUUUUACUCUUGAAUGAGUUUCAGGUUGAUCUAAGUACGGUUGAAUCUGUUAAAGACAUCGUGAGAAAGAGCGAAGAUUUAAUCGUAUUGGUUCAGGUAAAAUAUGAACUUUUAUGUAUUAUAUAAUACCUUAUUAAAUUCUAAUCGUUUAAUUGGCUGUUUAUGGUCACGUGAUAUUGAAUAGAAAAUUCCAUUUCCCAAGAGUGCAAUGGAACACGUUCCAUUGCACUCUCCGCGAGUGCAAUGGAAUAAAACGUAUAGUACAAUUGCACUCUUUGUGUUUUCGAUAAAUCACAUCCCUCAAAAUGCUUCUCAUACGAAUCUAUUAGUCUAUUUUGGUAUUAUAUAAAACAAAUAAUGAAUGUUUCUUUGUGCAAUGGUAAGAAUAUUUUCAUUCGGUGAAAGAUGGAAUGUUCCAUUCAACUCGGCUGUUGCCUCGUUGAAUGGAACAUUCCAUCUUUCACCUCAUGAAAACAUUCUUACCAUUGCACUCACAAACAUUCAUUAUUUGUAUACUAUUUAAUAAUCGAGCAGGAGUGUUUUAUUAGGUUUAAAGCCACGAGCGCGCAGCGCGAGUGGCUUUAGACCUAAUAAAACACGACCUGCGAGUUUUUUAAAUGGCUUCAAAAACGUUUGCAUAAUAAGUCAAAUCUUUAUAUAAAAAUCUUUAUAUAAAAAUCGUUAUAUAAAAAUCUUUAUAUAAAAAUCUUUAUAUAGUUUGCAUAACAAUGGUCUUUUGUUAAAGUGUUCUUUAGCUGGUAUAAAGACGUAUGCACGUGACUAAUUUCUUACUCAAGAUUGGAUAAUUGCUUCAUGAAUUAUUAAUGAGUUUUUGAAAUGAAUUUCUUAGCUUAGGCCCCGUUUAUGUCAUGAGACCGGGACGGUGUCGUUUCGGUCAUAUUAGUAAUAUAUCAAAUUCGAUUUUAAGGACUGGACUAGAUUUCAAGUCCGCGCAAUGGACCAUUUGCAUUACAGACUAAAUUUUGAUCUAGACAAGUCAGGACAAAAUUUCACCACAGCUUGAAAGAGCAUCACAAAAUUAGUAAUAUUCCAACGUUUCGUUGCGAAAUGUUGUAAAAUGCGGAUAAUAUAGCCUUGCGAAGUUUGCCGUUUUUCAGUCAUUUUGCAUUACAAACGGGCAAUUGACAGCCCAAUCGGGUGUUGGGCCAUCAAGUUCCCGUUUGUAAUACAAAAUGACUGAAAAUUGCAAACUUCGCAAGGCUAUAUUAUCCGCAUUUUACAUGAAUUUUUGUCUAGAUCAAAAUUUAGUCUAUAAUGCAAAUGGUCCAUUUCAUCAAGUCCGAGGACUGGAUAAAAAAUGGGAGGACUUGAAAUCUAGUCCAGUCCGAAUUGGAGGAUUUGGAAUGACAUCUCAUACGAAUAAAUCAUUACUUAAAGUGAGGUGAAUUAUUUAGAUCCAGUCCAAGGACUGAAUUAAUUUCGAUCCAGUCCUAAGACUGGUACAAUAUUACUCACCAGGUACCCAAUAUUAUCUUGUGAGCAAAGUAAAAUAUGGCUGGCUAAUUAUUAAUCUAUUUUUAUUCAUUUAAACAAUAAGUGAUUUUUUUUUUUUUUUUUCUGUGCUGGUGUUGUGUACUCAGGUGAAUAAUAUGUUUGUGAUGUUACUCGGGCGAGCUUGAAAAAUAUGCCCGGCCACGGUGGGAUUCGAACCUACGACCUUUGGAAUACUAGCCCAAUGCUCUUCCAACUGAGCUACGCGGUCAGGACGGUUCGAGUAGGUGAUAUUUCGGAACAGUAUCUAGUUCCUUCAAUACCAAUGUGUUCUUGUAAUAUGAAUUUUACCACUCGAACCGUCCUGACCGCGUAGCUCAGUUGGAAGAGCAUUGGGCUAGUAUUCCAAAGGUCGUAGGUUCGAAUCCCACCGUGGCCGGUCAUAUUUUUCAAACUCGCCCGGUGUGGAUAUGCACUCAGAGUAACAUCACAAACAUAUUAUUCACCUGAGUACACAACACCAGCACAGAAAAAAAUUCAUAUUACAAGAACACAUUGGUAUUGAAGGAACUAGAUACUGUUCCGAAAUGUCACUUACUCGAACCGUCCGGACCGCGUAGCUCAGUUGGAAGAGCAUUGGGCUAGUAUUCCAAAGGUCGUAGGUUCGAAUCCCACCGUGGCCGGGCAUAUUUUUCAAGCUCGCCCGGUGUGGAUAUGCACUCAGAGUAACAUCACAAACAUAAUAAGUGAUUUAUUUAUAAUAGAUGUUUACAUGAAACAGGGACGAAAAAUUGGUCAGACCGGCCUGAAGUCCUUCCACUCUCUGAACCGAACUGACUAUCUUCAGACCUGGAUGAAUUCGGAGCGGAGUGAAUGUAAACAGAAAUACAUUUCAGACCGGCCUCGUCUAUGCUCUUGGCUUCGGAAGAAUAUGCAUGCUCAGAGAAAAAGCACUGUAAAAAAAAACACGAAAAUGGCGGGCAAGGAGAAUAAAUUAAUAAAAGAGAACAUGUUGAAAAUUCCGAUUUUCAUCCUGUCUCAUCUAAACUGCAUGGGCCUUACUGUAGAUCCGUCUUCAGUUAAAACUGCGUGUUUUCUAUCCCAUAGGUGAUAAUCAAAGUCCGUAAUGAGUUUGGGCAUGCACGCUUGGAUUUAGAAAAAGCCAAGAAGGCCAAGAAAAUGGUAUGGAAUUAGCCUUUCUCUCGAAGGCCAAAAUCCGCCAUUUUUGGGGUACUGCCUGCCUCCCCUCGUGAAAUAUUCUAGACAAUUCAAACAACGCGAAAAGCGACUUUUAAAAGUUGUAACUGUAAAUUUACCAUUAUACAAACAACUAUAACACUAAAAAGUUGUAUUUCGUGGUGAGGAGACUCUCAAACGUGGGAGACCCCCAAAAUGGCGGACAUAUCGGCGGUGAGAAAGGUUAAUUGAGUCGAUUUACUAUACUGUAUAUGUUUGCUGAAAACAGCUGCGCAAAUUGUGUAGUUUCCGCCAUAAUUUUAAAAGCUGUAAACCAGUCCUAAAUGACAUUGGAACUGAAAAUUUAGUGCUGCUCAUUUUAAAGAACGUUCAAAAUGAUGUGUUAAAUCUUGUUGCAGAUUUUUUAUAUCAGGCUUAAGUGCUUAACUAUUGGAAUAUUUUCAUUGAAAGCAAUGAGCUGUCCGCAUGCAUAUUGGAAUAAUUGCUAACCUGGGGUUGUUAGCGUUAGAAAAUUGCUUCCAAGUGACCGAGUAAAUAUCAAAAGUUGUUUAAAAUUUCUUUGUAUUCAAUUUUAAUUUUGAAAUAGCAGCCAAGAACGCGUUUUGUGCUCAUAUUGAAAAUUUGGCAAUUGUGAUGUAACACGAAUAUCUAUAUAUUAUAAUCCAAGAUGGCGGACAGCUCAUUGUCAAAAAGCUGUAAAAACUCUUUAUUAUAUAAUUAUUCUUAAAACUCUUUCAAAUAAGGCAAACUAGAAUUUUACUGCAAAGUACACAAUACAUAAACUGUUUUUCUAGGUAAAAGAAGCGAAGGAAAGAUUUCACUGGCUUGAAAAAAGACUGGAAAAGUUACUUAUUGAGUGUCAUAAGAAAGCCAGUUGUCUUUUGAAGUCUUCCGCAGUUGGCUCUCUUGGCCAAUCACUGGCCAAAACAAAUCUUAAAAUAGAAGAACGAUUCACUCCUUCGCAAUGCGAGAGAUUGUUCUGUGACGUUGGUGGUUAUUACACUAAGCCACCGGAAGAGUUUCAUGGAGGGAAACGUAACUGUUAUAAUGUGACGAGAGAUGUGCUCGAAAAUAGCCAGAAGCUGUUACAAGAAGGUUAAUGAAUUUCAAAUCCGUGUUUAUUAAACUUUCGCGGGAAUACAGUAUCUGGAACAUCUAACCGAUUGAGUGCCAGCACUCUCCCCUUGACGAGUAAAAUUGUCUGGCGUUAGACAGAGUAAAAUAAUAAAGUAGGAUGCAACUCAAUGGGUUAAUUAGAUACAUGAACUGAUAGUUUGAUUAUUGGAGUAGCAUGGAUAAUCCAAAAUAUAUAUAUACCGAUUUCGUAUAGCUAACCAGGGACGGUUGCAAAAAAAUGCAACAAUGGGCCCUCUUGCAAGAAACAAACCUAUGGUCCUGAAUGCGAUUCCGGUGCUUCAAAGGUACAUAACAAACGUUGUUAUUCAGAGUUUCAUGCCUGAGUUUACUGACAAUCUUUGGACAUGCAACUAAAGUUUUGAAUAGAACGAAGAUUGUCUGUAAACUCAAGCAUGAAACUCAGAGUAACAACGUUUGUUUUGUACUUUAUUUCAUAAAUAAAUAAAUUUAGCUCUGCUAUCUGCAAUUUAGUUCUACUCUUGCCACAUGUUUGUUCUUGCCACAUUAAGACGUCAUACUGUGUAUCUAUAUAACUGAACAGACAACGGCAAAAUCUUAUCUAGAGAGAGAUGGGGAGAGAGGGAGCCCCCUACCGGAACGUUACUGAUUGCUUUCGCUUUCUCUGUUUACCAGGGGAUGAUAAAAAUAAUCCGCUUUACACGGACGAAAGUUCCAGCUCGAUUCAAACUCAAAACUCAUCUCUUCACGAUCUCAAAAACACCAAAGAUUACGAUCUCCCGGACAACAUUGAUUCUCAAAUCUCAGUCAUACCUCUCAUUGAAGACUCGACAGACAAAGUACCCACAAGCAAACUGCCGCGGUUCUCGCUAAAGGAAGCAAGUGAAACAGAAUUGGAAACUUCCCUUGGUGAAAAUUAUGAUGAUGAAGUGGAAAAAUAUUGGAAGUCUGAUCAUCACAGAUUUGAAUGGCCUGAUACGAAUGUUCAACUGAGGUCUCCCCUUUCAUGGCACUCUCUGGGGCUCCCUGUACAAUUAGAUAGCUUUAUCGCUAAAGGUUUGGAUUGCUGAAGGCUAUUACAGUUGUACUAUACUAAAUAUAUGUUAUUGACUGAGCGAGAGGUCCGUAUAAUACCGGUCGAGUUCUUUUUUCGUUUGUAUCCAUACAAGAACGAGACCUGGAGGCUGCUCCAUUUACUGUUCGGAGUACUCCGGAUUUUCGGAACACUAAUUGAAUCGAACCAAAAACGGUCACAUGACUGUUCUGACUGCCCCAACUCAAAAGUAGGGGCAGCCAGAACAGACAUGUGACCGUCAGAACAGUCAUGUGAUCGUUGUUGGUUCGAUUUAAUUAAUGUUCCGAAAAUACGGAGUACUCCGAACAGUAAAUGGAGCAGCCUCCAGUAUCCUUUUGUACGGAUCAAACAAGCUCAGUCAAUAAGCUAUUUUAGUAAAAUUAAAACACAACUUGUUUACACUAUUUCAACAUUAGUGCGUGGUACAGUAGUUUAGUUAGUUUAAUUUCCAGCAACAAUUAGGGACAAGCAUUUUGCUGACAAGCUGUGAGAUUUUACGCGCAUAAGCAUACGGUAACAUCAAAUGACCCUUGAAAUAAAAUACAUACUACUCUAUUGAAAGUAUUUUAUUGUAUUAUAGACAGACCAGUGUUCACUCCAGAUUUGCCUUGGAAAGAGAAAGCAACUCAGGUCAACAGUGUUCUUGAUAUUCAUGUAAGUGGACGUAAAACACUUUGUUUUUAUUCGAAAUGCAUUUUUGUACCAAGGAUACCAAAAUAUGACCACGUGUGGGGAUAAUUAGAAUAUAUCUCGUAUUUUUUGCAGCCUCGUACCCAGGGCCAGAAAAUAAGCCAAUAAGAUGGAUUUCCGCCCGAUUUCGUCAAAACAAAGUAUAAACAAAAGAUGUAAUUGAUUGGUAAUAACUGAUUGGUUUAUUUUUUGGUCACGUGAUCGCUUUUAUAUUCUUAGUAUAAAAACUCAUGUAAUUUUCCUGGCUCCCGCUAGUAACUCCAGAUGAAGGGCCUUCGUUCGAAACGGCGAAAUUCUCCCUAUAUUUUUCAGGUAGUUGCAUCCCUACCAACGAAAGCUUUUAAAAUUGUUCAUAUUAUUGGCCAUAUUAUAAAAGCCAUUUUUUUUCAAUGUCGCAUAUGUUUGCGAUGAACCUAUCUUCUUGCUGUUCCUCUCAAAAUUGCUUUCUUUUAGCUUUAAUCUCUAGUUUAUACAGUUAGCAACCUUUUUAAACGCAUUUAAAUAAUAAUCAAUGAUGCUUUAAAAGUGAUUAUUCAAACACCGAAUUACAAAAGACAAUCUUCUUAAUAGUAUGGUUUCUCGUCUAAUUUGGAAAUGCACAGUGAGUUUUUCAAAGACUUCAAAUUGCGUCCUUCGGACUCGUGCAAUUUUGAUCGUCUUUGAAAAACUUACUCGUGCAUGCUUUUUCUAAAUUGAACUCGAAACCAUAUUGUUACCUAAUACUAUAUUAAAACGUAUCUCUACAUUUGCUAGAAAAUAGCUCUAGACAAGCUAUACGCGAAGCUUCAUCAUAUGUAUGACGUCAUAGAGAAAGCUACCGAUGCUUCGAUCAAUCCUGUACCCAAAAAUGACAAGAUCGAACCACGAAUGAGAAAUAUUGAAAGUAUGUUAAGUUCUAAAUUGUUUGUUUCGUUUUUAAGGUACAUAAGAUUUAAUGCAAAUUAAAGUCAACUAAGUCACUUUCUUAUAGAUUGUUAUUUCCAUUUGUGAGAUAUUUCAUUUUCUUUAAUAAAGCUAUGCCUAUUUAUAAGUCAUUGUUACUGAUGCAGUAAGUGGCGUCGCCUGUCGAAGCAAGCAGAACUGUAGAAUAAUAGCAUUGUUAUGCGGAUUUGAUAUAUUAUAUAACAAUUACUAACUAGACAGGCACUGUUUUAUUGAGUAUUUUAAUCAUAUAUUUAACACGUUAUGCUCCAUGCUCUUACUCAUGAUGCGCUGCCAACAAAGUUAUUUAAUAUUUUUAUAUUUACAGGUGCUAUAAAAAUUCAAAAGGCUGCAAGCAGAACCUCGGUUAGUUUUGGGGCUAUUAUUUUACACGCUAUAAUUAUAGUUCAAUCUUUUGCUAGGUAAACACUCGGGUUGACAUUUUUCUGGUUAGCCUAGAAAUAACCGUAUUUGGGUUAACUUAAUAUUCCUGGUUUAAUUUCCUGGGCUAACCCUCGGUUAAAAUUUAACCUGUUGUUUUAGUUUAUGUAUUUCUGCACGUCUGUUUAUUUCAAAACUUCACAAAAGAAAGUUACUAGUGAAGCAGACAAGAUUUCUGAAGAAAUAUUUACAAAUUUAUAAACAAAGCUGUUGGGAAGUUUGCUUUGAAUUUGUGGUUAACCGUUAGGCUAUUCGGCUUUUGAAAAACCGCCCCCAGGUUAUUUUACCCUUUUCUUGCUAUAGUUUGGUUAAUUUGACCAGAUUAUACUAGAUGGAUAAAUACCCGGUGGCUGUGGUUAUACUGGUCUCAUUAAUACUAGUAAAUUAGCCAAAUGGUUUCUGUAUUUUGCUCACAUGAAUAGGCUACAUGAUAACACUGGAUACCUGGUAAAGUAUUGAUCUGUUAGUAUUGGUCCAGUCCUAGGACUGGAUAAAAAAUUAAUUCGAAAAUUUGAACCAACAAUCUUUGACAAUAUAGAUUGGGACAAUCUAGUUUUCAUAUGCAUUCGGUUGUAAUUUUCUAUUUCUUGAAACAUUUUUUCCACCCUCCCUCUCCCCACUCGUUUCAAUGUUGGCGUCUCGCAACCAGACAUCAGAUUUUUGUCGGCCCAACAUUGAACUGGGGGAACGGGGGACGCCAACGCCUUCCAAAUUAUGUGAAAUUACAGCAGCUGUCGUAUAGAUUUUGUCAAAGAUUGAAGGUGUUUAUAGAAUACUCAAGUCGUCCAAAGAGAACAUCGACAAAAUAAAUUGUUUUACUUUUGAAAGUGAAAACAGUAAUUUCAGAUUUGUAACUGUCUAUAACCCGACUAUAAAAAUAUCCCAAUAUAGUAUUCUUUUAUUUUUUAAAGAUAUCUGAUGAUAAUGUAGACCAAAACUCAAGUGACUCCGACGAAAUGUUGCCAAAACCGGACACGGUACCUGCGAUGCAAAUAAGCGGACAACGUUCAGUUAAGGUACCUCUUAUCAUGGUUGUUAUAAGAUCUGGUUAGGAAACCCGGCAAACUUCAAAGAAAUUACGCUAUAAAUAAAUAUGGAGGUUGAACAGUCAGUUUGACCCUGCACAUAUUGGUUUUAAUCAAUGAGAAUUGACCAAACGAUGUAACACAAACAUUCUUCAUCGAAAAAUGGUGGUAAUACUUCGUUAUGUGCAAAAUAUGCUGUAAGAUAUAGCCCUGGUAGGCAAAACAAAUACUUGAUACCCAUUCCCUUCGCCAAACUUUCUGAACUGACUACUGUCAAACAAUAGAAAGACAAAGGAUUUUUCAACUGUGACCCUGCACAAGGUAUACACAAUCACCUAAAACAAAGGGUUUCCAAACCAUGUCACAUAUAUUAACUAUGCUGAGGGUGGGAAAGGGGGAGGGGGGUAUGGAUCACGUUACACAACGAAAAAAAAGCCGUUUCACGAUUCACGUGUCUUAAAAAAGCAAUUUCACGGAAAACUAGAUUCUCAUAAAAUAAUAUAAUAAUAGGUUUAUUAAGACUAUGUUUAAUGCAUGGUACAGUAUCUACGCUUUAAGUUCUCUCAUUUCUCUACCUGUCAGUUAAAAACUACAUCAUAGCUUACAAGUUUGAGUGACAAGAAUGUACGACGACCUCCGCGCGUGUCCUCAACGUGAGGAACCUUGUCCUCAGCGCGAGGGACCUUGUCCUCAGCGCCAGGAACCUUGUCCUCAGCGCCAGGAACCUUGUCCUCAGCGUCAGGAACCUUGUCCUCAGCGCCAGGAACCUUCUCCUCAGCGCCAGGAACCUUGUCCUCAGCGUCAGGAACCUUGUCCUCAGCGUCAGGAACCUUGUCCUCAGCGUCAGGAACCUUGUCCUCAGCGCCAGGAACCUAGUCCUCACCGCCAGGAACCUUGUCCUCAGCGCCAGGAACCUUGUCGUCAGCGCCAGAGACUUCAUUGAUUUGGUUCAAUUCCUACAAAAGCACCUUGUGCUGCAUUUUUCGCAGUCGUUCCUGGUCAGGUCUUAAAAUGUAUAUAUACUCACUUGGAUUACUAACUCUAACAUUCUAAUAUUAUACGUAACAGCAGGGUAUAAUAUAAUAAUAUAAUAUAAUGACAAAUUCAUUAUAUUAUAUUAUUAUAUUAUACCCUGCAUAUGACAUUUUAGUUCAAUCUUAUCAUAAAGAACCACUUAAAAUACCAAAACAUUCAUGAUAUCUGAGGCUGUGUCAGUUUCUCGAAAUUUUAUUUAAUUGUGAACGAAGCUUGACUUAUUUUAGACUCCUUGUUUAAUGUUUCCUCGUAACUCAAGCGUGUGGUGUGAGAGCAAGACGAGUGCAGGGGGCAGAGUUGUGAAGAAAUUCAAGACUAAACCUCCAGCAAAACCCAACAGAACACAAGCUAUACUUGCCAAGGUGUGUAGUUCACGACAGAACGAGGCAGACAAUUCUCUUAUAACCUUCUUAUUCUAUUGACUAUAUGUUGCCCUUAUACUUCUAUACUACAUGCUAUGAGACUAUUCUCUACGUGUUUGUUUUGCUUGAAUAGAAAUUGUUCGCAAGUAAUGAAGCCAAUGCCCGACAAAUGGAAAAGUAAGUAGUAUAUCUUAUAAAACUCAUCCAUGCAUCAAAAAAAUUUAUUAGCAUAAAAGUUUCCCUUAAUUUUCUCAGUUACAAUAACUUUGAAUAAUUGUUUAAAAACACUAUUUAGAUCCUUGUAUUUCACAAGCUAUAUACAAUAGCCCACAUUUGCUGUAUAUAUUAUCAUUUUAUAUAUUAGUGUCGCGCCAGUUAUUAAAAUUUGAAGAUGAAGUACAUUGUGAAUACAUAUGUACAAAGUUUAAUGAUCCCUGAUGGCGAUGAAACUUAAUUCCAUUUUUUUGUCACUUUCAGGCAAGAGGCAAUGAUUUGGAGACCUUCGAUAGUUUAUAGAAUGGUCAAAGCUACAAAAGGUAAGAAACACUAUAUUUACCCAUGUAUUAUAGUGCUUUGAACGUCAGAAAAUGAGUUCACUUUGUAGUGUUUGAGUUCACUUUGUAGCCGAGACCCAGCUGCAGUUUCAGAGUGUAUGCACCACGAAAUACAACUUUUUAGUAUUGUAGUUGUUUGUUUGAUGGUAAAUUUACAGUUACAACUUUUGAAAGUCGCUUUUCACGUUGUUUGAAUUGUCUAGAAUUUCUCACGAGUACACCAAAAAUGGCGGAUUCUUGACCUUCGUGAGAAAGGCUAAUUGGCUAUAUAUAUAAGCUUCUAUGUCUACGCAGAGAGGGAAUCAAAUGCGUCUUUUCCACCAAAUCUUUAUGCAAUCUUAUUUCUUCUAUUCUUUUCAGCUCUCAAAAUAUUCCAAACUCAAUUACAACAAUGGGACGCCGCGCGUCGCUGCGAUCAAAAAUGGAAAAGAGUUGAGGUAGAGCAUUUUAUAGAGUUCGGGUUCAAUCAUUAGGCGAUGGCCCUUUCUUCAUGGGCGAGGAAGAAGAGCUAUCCAGCAUGAUAAAACUUAGUUGAGUGUAAUUUAGCGUAUAGCGGCAAAAAAUCAUCUAAAUCUGCUCGUUUAUAUUUUCAGUGGUUGAUGGGUCCUAAUGGCUUACGUUCUCCAACGAAAGAAAUUGUUAUUGAAUCACUAAAGGUUUGCGUUUGCAUUUUUAACGUAGAAAAUUAAACAUCACGGUUUUUACCAAUUUACCAUAUGAGAAAUCUAUAAUAACCAACAAUGGUAAAAGUUCAUUUUUUGUAUUCAAAAACCAUUAAUGGGAAGUUCAAAAAAUUGUUUUCCUGUGUAUAGUCCCCUAUGUUGGAUAUUACCAUAAUAUGUUAAUAUAUCUACCAUAACUAAAUGUGAUGUUUGUGAUGUUACUCCCUGUGUAUAUCCACACCGGGCAAGCUUGAAAAAUAUGUCUGGCCACGGUGGGAAUCGAACCUACGACCUUUGGAAUACUAGCCCAAUGCUCUGCGAACUGAGCUACGCGGUCAGGUUGGUUCGAGUAUAUGUGAUAUUUCGAAACUGAGUCUAGUUCCUUCGAUAUCAAUGUAAUCUAAUAAUCAUGAUUUUUUGUGUUGGUGUUGUGUACUCAGGUGAAUAUGAUGCCUGUGAUGUUACUCUGAGUGUAUAUCCACACCGGGCAAGCUUGAAAAAUAUGUCUGGCCACGGUGGGAAACGAACCUAGGACCUUUGGAAUACUAGCCCAAUGCUCUGCCAACUGAGCUACGCGGUCAGGUGGAUAUACACUCGGAGUCACAUCACAAACAUCAUAUUCACUUGAGUACAUAACACCAACACAGAAAAAAAUAACUAAAUAUUUCAACAGACUCUCAGUGGACUUAGAUGUUCAGAGGAAGAAGUGGGAACAGCUAUUGAAAAUUUUGUAAGUCUUCCGCAUUUCUUCACGAUAUUUCCUUUCCGAAUUUUUCCUUGCCAAGAAGCCUAAAGCCCAGGGCAAACUAGUAAACAUUGUUGUGGAAACAUUGUUUCCGUGUGGUCGUGUGUAUAGCUGCCAAGCCGAAGGAAAACUUGACAAGUGUACAAGAAAUACUUUUAUGGUUUUGGCAAACAAAAGGCGGCUUGUAGACUGCCUCCUCCGCAGGCCGUCGUUGCGUCAUGGGAAGGUCACGAUCUGGCGAGGGCCUGCGGAAUCUUGUAAAAAAAAUGGCGCCGGCGUCACGUCAGCAAGUAAAUUUCUACAUAAUCUUGAAUAUAAACAGAUAUAAAAAAGCGGUGUGAAACUUAUAAAUUAAACUGGCGACUCUUAGGACGUGGAAGGAAGCAUUUUUUAACGAUAAGGUUUGUUGUCCACACCAACGUUGCACGAAUAAAACUGCCUUCUUUAACGAAGCAGGUUCAAAACAACAUUUAUUCAUUUUACAAGAUUCCGCAGGCCCUCUCGAAAUCGUGACCUUCCCAUGACGCAACGAGGGCCUGCGGAGGAGGCAGGCCUGUAGAGACAAGUGGGGGCCCUGGGACAAACAAUAAUGUCGUGCCUCGCCGGGUUUUCACCCCGGACUGAGAUUUUUCUAAAGACCUCCCCCCCCCCGGUUGAAUCAGAGUCGACCGUUGAUGUAUUAGUUAAGGACAAUAAGUUUUGCAAAAUUCCUCGGGGGGCUAAGCUCCAUUGUAAAAUUUCCAGGCCCGGGAGCAAAUUGCCCCCUUUGGCCCCCCUCUGUGAAGCCCUGUUCAUGUGAGAUAAAUGUUUAACAACAUCCCGUGGACAGGGGCAACAAAAUUUGUUAAUGGAAACUCGGCAAGGAAAACGUUCUCGUCUGUAUGGGGCUUUUCUCUUUAUUGACUAUGCAUGAGCAAAAGUAACUAAGCAUCUGUUUUGUAUUUCAUAUAGUUGCACGAAAGUACAGACUCACGAAUUUUAUACGAAGCGAGCAGGGCGUUGAUUCUAUCGGGUAAUAUAGUUUUCGAUCAGAAUUUUAGCUUCGCUAUUAAUCGUUCAUUGAUAAAUAUUUAUUUCCAUUGAUGAUAUUUACGUUUCAAAAAUAUCGAUUUUUAUAGGUCAUUGGCAUCCGUCUGCCUUAGAAAUUCUUCACAAUGCUCUCAAAUUUGGUGCGUGUUUUAAGAACCUAAUUAACAAAACAAACCUGGAUUAACAAAAUAAAUGGUUGGAUGAGUGUCCCAACUACGUUGUAACUUUAAUAAAAUACAUGAUACUGUUGGGAAACAUUAAGUGGCACUAACUAGCUCUCAUCAUCGUUUGAUAAAAAAAAUAAUGUAAAAUAAUGUAAAGAGUAAAUUUCCAGGAAAAUAAGCUUUUUAUAAUGUGCCUAGCAAAACCUAUUAGCAACUAUUAGAAACUGUCCAUAUUUUGACGUUUUCAGGAUCAAAAAGUUUAAAGCAAGAAAUUCUUGAUGCAUUAUGUUCUGUGGACAACAUACCAUUUUUCGACAAGGUAUAGGCAAUGUAUAUGGCAAAUUUCCCUACAAAAAUCUAAUCAGAUAGACUAUCUGCUCAUGCAUCCUGUUACCCCUUUAAGUGACAAUGAGUCAAACUCUGUCUAACGCCAGAUGAUUUCACUUGUAAAUAACAGACAACGCAAUAACCGUGCCAGUAAAACUUUUUCUUUUCAGAGAGCUCAGCCAUUUCAAGAAAUUCUAAAUGUUUUGGAAGAGCUUGUUCAAGGCAACGAGCCUUCCUUGGCGUUUUCCAGUGCGCUGUGUCUCGGCAGAUUGCUUGUUGUUCAUCCUAUUGCCAAGAGAUAUCUAUUGGAAGUUAUCCAGACUAAGUCACUAACUUCAAAACAGAAAUGCGAGGUAUACUUUUUGUGUGUGUUGGUGUUAUGUACUACUCAGGACAAAUUAUACUACUCUUGAAUAAAUUUCAUAACAUGUAGAAUAUGCAUAUAUGAAACCUGUUUGUGUUUGUGUUUGUGUUUGUGUUUGUGUUUGUGUUUGUGUUUGUGUGUGUGUGUGUUGGUGUUGUGUACUCGAGGUGAUACUUCGGAACUGAGUCUAGUUCCUUCGAUAUCAAUGUAUUCUAAGAUAUAAUUAUCACUUAUUCACUGAGACCGAGUGAAACAGUGUGUUUUGUGGACCCGAGACCGCCGGGCAACAACGGCGGUCGAGGGGCCACAAAACACACUACUUUCCCGAGGUAUCAGUAAAUAAGUGUUUUGUUAUAUAGUAUAUAAGUGUCAAAGUAUGAAUAAUUCACCAGUUAUUGGAGUGAACUUAAGGGGGAGCUUCACCUCAAAAUUUGGUCGAUUAGGAUGAAAAUGUCAAAAUUUCUAAAACAUCAUGAUAGGAUACCUAAACAUGUAUUUUAUCAACUAGUGAAGUCUUUAUUUAAAUUUCCAUACUUUUUACGGAAAAAAAUAGACUUUAGAGAAAGGCUGUGAGAUUUCAUUGAAUGUUUACACCAGGUUACCAUGGAAACGAGCUUGAAAAAUCCUCUAAAAAAGUCGUUUUACUGUGCGAUUUGA